AUGGUGAAGCUUGAUCCCUUGUUCUUUCGGUACAUGUCGAAGAGUGAUUUUCGCGUCUUAACGGCGAUAGAAAUGGGGAUGCGGAAUCACGAGUUAGUACCAUUAGAAUUGAUAGUUCAAUUGAGUAAGAUGACGUCUUCCUUAGUGAGUCGUUGUAUGAAAGAUCUUCACAAGAAUAGUUUAGUGUGGCAUACGAUAACCCCCUACAAUGGGUAUCGUUUAACAUAUUUAGGGUAUGAUUAUUUAGCCCUACGUGCAUUAUCACAGCGGGACAUUAUUACUGCAAUAGGGCAAAAGAUAGGAGUAGGGAAAGAAGCAGACAUCUACACCGCUACAAACCAAAAAGGGGAAGAAGUCGUUUUAAAAUUCCAUCGACUUGGGAGGACUUCUUUUAGACAAGUCAAAAGCAAAAGAGACUAUACUGACAAAAUGACUACAAAUUGGCUCUAUUUGUCUAAGAUCUCAGCACAAAAGGAAUAUUGCUUCAUGAAAGCUCUUUAUACCAAAGGAAUGAGUGUACCCGUCCCUAUCGAUUAUAAUAGACACUGCGUUGUUAUGUCGAAGAUUAACGGAACUCUAUUGUCCCGUGUUAAUCACUUGGAAGAACCAAUGAAAGUCCUUGAGACCGGAAUCCAACUCGCUAUAGACUUGGCCGAAGUCGGCCUUGUCCACUGCGACUUGAAUGAGUUCAAUUUGAUCCUUAAAGAUGACGAGACUCUUGUGAUGAUCGACUUCCCUCAAAUGAUCUCAACUACAAACCCGGAAGCUUCCGAUUUAUUCGCUCGCGACGUCGGCUGCAUUAAAAACUUCUUUUGGAAGAAAUUUGGAUUUUCUAUUGAAGAGGCCCCGCGUUUGGAUCAAAUCGAAAAGACGGGAACUUUGGAUUUGGAAUUGAAAGCUUCCGGCUUCGACAAGAAAUUGGAAAAAGUGUUACAAAAAGCUCGAAAAAAAUUUGUGGAAGAAAAUGUCAAUGAAAAGGAUUUGGAAGAUGACGACCAAGACGGUGAAAAAGAUGACGAUGACGAUCUUGAAGAAAAGGAAAGUGAACAAGACGAAAGUGACGAUGACGACGUGGAACAAGAUGAUGACGAGAAAAGAGAAAAACUAGAAACAAACUAG